AUCACUAUUACACUUCCCCAAAUUACUAUUUCGAUAAAAUGGCACGUCUCGCCCCCUAUCUUGAACAACAUAAGACUCUCCAGGGCCCAGGAGAUGCCCGCCCGACAGCCAUUCAGGUUGUAGAAGAUCAAGGUCUUGUCUCGAACCCCUCAUGGACUGGUAGAGUUGUCCUCGUCACAGGCUGUUCGCCUGGCGGACUUGGACCCGAGACGGCAAAGGCCAUUCACCUAACGGGGGCUGACGUCUAUAUAACUGUUCGGGAUGUGACCAAGGGCAAGCAGAUUGCUGAAGAGAUUUUGGCCGAUGGCAAGCCUGGAAAGGUUGACGUCAUUGAAAUGGACUUGGCUUCAUUGAAAAGUGUUCGAGCCGGAGCAGAAGAAUUCCUUCGUAAGAGCGGUAAUAAACUCAAUAUCUUGAUUAACAAUGCUGGAAUCAUGGCAUGUCCCCAGGGUAAGACCAAAGAUGGAUUCGAGUUACAGUUUGGCACGAACCACCUUGGUCACUUCUAUCUCUUUCACCUGGUUAAGGAUGCUCUUCUGGCCUCCGCAAGCCCUUCGUUCAAUUCUCGGGUCAUAUCGGUAUCCUCCGCCGCUCACCGCUACGGCGAAAUCCACUUCGACGACCUGAACCUCGAAAAGACCGGGUAUGAUCCGUAUAAGGCUUACGGUCAAUCCAAGCUUGCCAAUGUCUACUUCGCGAAUGAAUUAGACCGGAGGUACAAGUCCCAAAACCUGCGAGCUCUGAGUCUACACCCGGGAGGCAUUCUCACGCCUCUGGCGAGAUAUCUGCCUUCCACCCAAGACAUCCUCGAUGAUCCAGACCUCGCAAAGAUGCUAAAGAAUCCCGCCCAAGGAGCGGCGACUACCGUCUGGGCUGCUGUGGCGAAGGAGUUGGAGGGCAAAGGGGGGAUUUACCUCGAUGAGGUUGCUGAAGCUGAGGAGGCUACGCCAGAGACGCCUUACUACGCGGGUGGCUACAAGGCACAGGCUUUCAAUCCUGCUGCCGAGGAAAAACUUUGGGCUGUCAGCUUGAAGCUAACGGGUUUGAGCGAGUAACGUUGUACUUGGCAUAGCAGUUCUAAGGCCUUGAGCGAGCCUCGACUAUGUAGCUAUUGCCGGAGGAAAAAUUGACCAGAUUGAGGUGUAGCGUGGGGAAAAUAACAUUGUUCGUGGUAUAUGAGAUAAUAUGGAUCAGUAACGAGUGAUAUGUAUACCAAGCUCGAAUUAUUAAGCCGUGAA